AUGUGCGGCAUUUUCGCUUAUAUCAACCACUUGGUGGAGAAAGAUCGCAAGCAGGUCGUUGACAUCCUCGUCAACGGUCUUGCGCGCCUUGAAUACAGAGGCUAUGACUCGGCUGGUAUCGCAAUUGACGGUGACUCCGAGAAGGAUACCGUGGUGUUCAAGCAGGUCGGCAAGGUCGCCGCCCUUCGCAAGCACAUCGAUGAGUCUCCCAUCGACCUGCACAAGAUCUCCAUCUCUCAGAUGGGUAUGGCCCACACCCGUUGGGCCACGCACGGUCAGCCAAGCCCCUUGAACUGCCACCCUCAUCGCUCCGACCCGACCAACGAAUUCACCGUCGUUCACAAUGGUAUCAUCACCAACUUCAGGGAGCUCAGGCUGGUCCUCGAGAAGCGCGGCUUCAAAUUCGAGAGCGACACAGACACCGAGUCUGUCGCCAUCCUCUGCAAGUACCUGUACGACUCGGCUCAAGGCCGCAAGCCUGACUUCACUUCGCUCAUCAAGAGCGUCAUCAAGGAGCUCGAGGGUGCUUUCUCCUUUGUCUUCAAGUCGGUCCACUUCCCCGGCGAGCUCGUCGUCGCUCGACGUGGCUCGCCUCUCCUGAUCGGUGUCAAGACCGAAAAGAAGCUCAAGGUCGACUUUGUUGAUGUCGAGCUCGGUGGUGCCGUGGAAGAGACUGGAUUCGGCGACGCGGGUCUGCUUGCUCCUCCUGGAAACGACCCUUCGGGCCCAGGCUCGCUUUCGGUGCCCAACGCCAACAACAAGCUCCUCCGCUCCCAGUCGCGCGCUUUCCUGUCCGAGGACGGCCUGCCUCAGCCCAUCGAGUACUUUAUUGCUUCCGACGCUGCUGCUGUUGUCGAGCACACCAAGCGCGUGCUCUACCUCGAGGAUGACGACGUUGCCCACAUCUCCGAGGGUGAGCUCCACAUCCACCGACUCCGCAGGAACGACGGUCUCAGCUCGAUGCGUUCCAUCGAGACGCUCGAGAUGGAGCUCGCCGAGAUCAUGAAGGGCUCCUUCGACCACUUCAUGCAGAAGGAGAUCUACGAGCAGCCAGAGUCGGUCGUCAACACGAUGCGUGGCCGAGUCGACUUUGACAAGCGCCAGGUCAAGCUCGGUGGUCUCACCGCCUUCCUCAACACCAUUCGUCGAUGCCGCAGAAUUGUCAUGACCGCCUGUGGUACCUCGUACCACUCUUGUUUGGCCACUCGUGCCAUCUUCGAAGAGUUGACCGAGAUCCCCGUCUCCGUCGAGCUUGCCUCGGACUUCUUGGACCGCAAGACGCCCAUCUUCCGCGACGACGUUUGCGUUUUUGUCUCGCAGUCCGGUGAGACCGCCGACACUAUCCUCGCGCUCCGAUACUGCUUGGAGCGCGGUGCCCUCUGCCUCGGUGUCGUCAACACCGUCGGCUCCACAAUGUCGCGCGAGACCCACUGCGGUAUCCACAUUAACGCCGGUCCCGAGAUUGGUGUCGCCUCCACCAAGGCCUACACAUCCCAAUACAUUGCCCUCAUCAUGAUGGCCGUUCAGCUUUGCGAGGACCGCAUCUCGAUGACCGAGCGGAGAAAGGCCAUCAUUGACGGCCUCCACGCCCUCCCCGACCAGAUCAAAGCCAUCCUCGCCCAGGACAAGGCGCUCCAAUCGCUCGCCCACAACACGCUCGCUAAGGAGCGCUCGUUGCUUAUCAUGGGCCGUGGUUACCAGCACGCCACCUGUCUCGAGGGUGCGCUCAAGAUCAAGGAGGUCUGCUACAUGCACUCGGAAGGUAUUCUGGCUGGUGAGCUCAAGCACGGGCCCCUCGCCCUCAUUGACGAAUCGAUGCCCGUCAUCCUCAUCAUGACCAAGGACUCGCUCUACCCCAAGGUCCAGACCGCCCUCAUGCAGGUCACAGCACGAAAGGGUCAGCCCAUCAUCAUCUGCAACGAUGAUGACCAGGAUAUCAAGGCAGGCACGAAGACGAUCCGUGUGCCACGUACCAUUGACUGUCUCCAGGGUCUCUUGACCGUCAUCCCUCUCCAGCUGCUCUCGUACCACCUUGCCACCGCCGCCGGCGUCGACGUCGACUUCCCGCGCAACCUCGCCAAGUCGGUCACGGUUGAGUAA